ACUUCACGUGGAAACUACCAAUUAUCAUCAGAAAACAUGUUACUGUGGGAUUUCGUGGCGAUUACAUGAAAAUCUCAAAAGGACGUAAGCUCUGUGGCUAUGUAAAGUCAACAGGAACGUUGUCCACCUUGAACUAACUUUGAGUUGCGUGACACGAAAGGAUUGACCACUUAAUAUGAUUCAAAAUCCCAAAAAGGACUUGCAAAAACCAACAUCGCUGUAGGAAUGGAUGUGAAAAAAGGUUGGAAUAAAGAUAUUUACAUGAACUAUUCGAAUCAUUCCCACGGCAGCGACCAAUACGCCAUAGCUUCUUCGAAUUGGACAGACUUCAAUCUCCCAUCGGGACUGGAUGAAGGACAUUUCAAUGGAACUAAUUACUCCCUGACGGUGGCCGAUUACUGUGAUGAGAGUGAGUACACGAACGAUGGCGACCCGCUUUCAAGUGCUUACUUUAAAACGCUAGUGUACGUCCUUUAUAUCGCGAUUUUCGUGUUCGCCUUUAUUGGCAACGGUAUAGUGUGUUACAUUGUGCAAUCUACGCCGCGUAUGCGAACGGUGACAAACUAUUUCAUAGCGAAUCUCGCGAUUGGUGAUAUCCUGAUGUCUGUGUUUUGCAUCCCCUUUUCAUUCGUGUCCAUCUUCAUUUUGAGCUAUUGGCCCUUCGGAGCGACCUUGUGCCAUCUCGUUAAUUAUUCACAAGCGGUUUCGGUGCUUGUUAGUGCGUACACCCUAGUAGCCAUUAGUGUGGAUAGGUAUAUUGCCAUCAUGUGGCCGCUUAAGCCAAGGAUCACAAAGAGAUACGCCAAAGUGACGAUAGGAGUAGUGUGGGCAAUAGCUCUCAUAACAGCCGUUCCAAUCCCGAUAGUUUCUAAGCUUGAACAGCCGGGGCCAUGGCACGAAACAUGUGGACGGUACAUUUGUCGCGAGGAUUGGCCGUCCGCCACUCAGAAUUACUACUACAGCCUCGCCCUGCUGACUCUGCAAUUUGUGAUACCGUUGUUGGUCCUGGUGUUUACAUACACCCGCAUCGCCGUCGCCGUUUGGGGGAAAAGGCCACCUGGCGAAGCGGAAAAUUCACGCGACCAGAGGAUGGCGCGUUCGAAAAGAAAGAUGAUUAAGAUGAUGGUGACAGUCGUAAUAGUUUUCACAAUAUGUUGGCUGCCAUUUAAUAUUCUCGUGCUCCUCCUGAACGAAGAGAAUUUAGCACAAUGGGAAGCUCUGCCGUUCCUGUGGUUUGCAUUCCACUGGCUGGCGAUGUCGCACAGCUGUUACAACCCAAUUAUUUAUUGUUACAUGAAUGCACGUUUUCGCGGCGGAUUCGUUCAGGUGCUUUACAGGAUACCAGGAGUUAGAAGGUGCUGGUGUGUAAGGAGAUGUGCACGGAGUCGUGGUGGAAGUAUGGGAGCUGGAAUUGCACUCACUGGUGAGAUGAUGAACAAUUUUGCUGAAGGACCUCUUAUGCGGAAACCUAGAAUACUAAUUAGGAAUCGACGAUACUUCUCACCUACAUCGCGCCAAUACAUGCACAACAUAUAUAAGCACUCGUCGGAAGCCAAAAAUAAGUAUAAAUCAGAGCCAGUAUUCAUGCGCAGAGACGACAGUUUUGCGGUGAUAUCAGCCCAAGACUUAUAAUAAUUCAGUAACAAAUAAUGACUCAUUAUCGAAUGAACUUUAGAUUGGAUGUUUAGGGCGAAAGGCGACAAGCACUACAAUUGGACAGCCCAAAAUAUUUCAAAGUCACAAAUUGUUGAAAAUAUGACCAAAGAUGAAAGCCAUUUCAUGAUGUUUAUUAAAAUCGAAUGGAGAAGUUAGAAAAUAAGUUUAAUUUUUAUAACAGUGUGUACGAAUGUAAUUUAGACAGGAAUUA